UUCAGGAAGUAGUGGCUCUACAGAUGGUAGCCUUCUAAUGCAGCCUGAUAAUUGUGAAGUUUUAUUUUCUACUCUUGAAUUCAGGGCUAUUUUAAUCAUUUUAGACAGUUGACAUUUAACGUUCUCUCAGAAUGAUUCUAUAAUGUUUUUCUAUGGUAGAAAGCAGGAACUUCAUUCCUGUCUGAAGUUUAUUAAGAGUCUAAAAUGAGCUCGCAGGACAUACUGAAGAAUGCGUCCACUUUAGCAUCGUAUAAUGUGUUGCUACAGGUGAUGUUCCGCGUGCUCACGUUCUUGCUGAACGCAUUCACUCUGCGGUUUGUGUCCAAAGAGCUGAUCGGGGUUGUCAACGUCAGGCUUACUCUGUUGUAUUCCACAUUAGUAUUUUUAUCCAGGGAGGCUUUCCGGAGAGCCUGUCUGAGUGGGGAGUCGGGGGGAAACCGCAAUUGGAGACAAGUUAUUAACCUAAUAUGGCUGACAGUGCCUCUGGGUGUUUUAUGGGCCUUCCUUCUUGGUUGUGUUUGGCUGUGGCUCCUGGAGGUCCCAGAUGCCCAUAAUGUCCCCUACUAUGGUCCUGCAGUGGUGCUGUUUGCCAUAUCAGGAGUCCAGGAGCUCCUGGCUGAGCCACUGUGGGUUUUGGCUCAGAGUCACAUGUUUGUCAGACUGAAAGUGGUCGCUGAGAGCUUAGCUAUGAUCGUAAAGUGCAGUGUAACUGUGGUGUUGGUGGUGUUUGCUCGUGAAUGGGGCCUUUACAUCUUCUCUGCUGCCCAUUUGCUGUACACGGGAUGUCUGAUGUUAUGCUACGCUGUUUACUUCAUUCGUUUCUUGGGCUCUAAAGAGGCAGUCAAGAAGAGUUUCCCACUGCACCAUGUUGCAGAUUUGCUGCCUCACAGAACUGAUGGAGAGCCACUGGUGGAUCGGACUCUAGCUCGGCUCACAUGGAGCUUCUUCAAGCAGAGUUUCCUGAAGCAGAUCCUGACGGAGGGGGAGCGCUAUGUCAUGACCUUCUUAAAUGUACUCAGCUUUGGAGACCAGGGUGUUUACGAUAUUGUGAACAACCUGGGCUCCAUGGUGGCACGCUUUAUUUUCUUGCCCAUUGAGGAAAGUUUCUACAUCUUUUUUGCCAAAGUGUUAGAGAGAGGACGUGACAUCAGAAGUCAAAAACAGGAAGAAAUCGCCAUCGCAGCAGAGGUGCUAGAGUGUCUGCUGAAACUGGUCCUUGUGAUUGGUCUGAUUAUCACAGUGUUUGGAUAUGCCUACUCUCACUUAGCUCUGGAUAUUUAUGGUGGCUCUCUGCUGAGUAGUGGGGAAGGGCCCAGUUUGCUGCGAUACUACAGCUGCUAUGUCCUCCUGCUUGCAGUAAAUGGAGUAACGGAGUGCUUCGUAUUUGCAGCUAUGAGUCAAGGAGAGGUUGACAAGUAUAACCUGGUCAUGCUGGCUCUGUCUGUGUCCUUCCUCUUCCUGUCCUACAUGCUGACAUGGUGGGCUGGUGGUGUAGGAUUCAUACUGGCAAACUGCCUCAACAUGGGCCUUCGUAUCUUGCACAGCCUGCUUUACAUACACCGUUACUUUCAGUUGAGUCAGUGGAAACCUCUGCGAGGACUCUUGCCCUCUCCACUCCUGCUGCUGGCACUUGCUGUCAGUGCAGUUGUUACAUCAGUUUCUGAGGUUGUUCUUUGCUGCGACAGCGGCUGGUUGUUCAGGCUGGUCCACAUCGCUGUGGGAGGAGUAUGUCUACUCCUCGUGCUUGUGACCAUUCUGUUCACGGAGAGUCAUCUGGUUCAGUUUGUGAGGACUCAGCUGUUGCCACGAUACAAAAAGAAACAUAAAUGAUUGCAACUUCCAAAGGAAACGUCUGCUCCAUCUACAACAGGAAAACUACAGAUUUACAGACAGUUACUGGCCGUGUGAAAGACUGGGAAGAUGAACUUUGUGUAUUACGUUUAAUGUUUCUGUAUUUACACUGUAUCAUUCCUAAGUAUGAAAAUGUCAGAAUGUGCUCAGGAUCAAAAGAUUGAUGUAUUCUAAGAAUACUGUGUGUUUGUGUUACAGGCCUAGUUACAGUUUCAACAAUGCACCAUAAUUAAGUAUAAAAUGUUGAAAGGUAAAAUCACCAAAACUUGUC